UCCCACCGCUUCGGCGCCGUGGGUGAGGUCAGUGCCGCGCGCCUGUCACCGGGGCUCCCUUCCCCUUCGCGCUGAGCUGUAAUCAAGGCCCCGCCGCAGAGGGAGGCGCUGCUGUUGCCGCCGGUCCUCCAUCUCCCCUUCCUUCCUUCCUCCUCUUCCUCCUCCUCCGGUCGCCGCCGCCACCGCCGCCAGGAGUUCUCGCUGCCUGCUCAGCCGCUUGUCUGCUCGCCCGAUCCGUCGGCCCUGGUUGCCCCUCCUGCGCUCCGAGGCCAUGGAGCUGGCGGACGGCGUGGUGUACCAGGAGGACCCCGGCGGGCCCGGCCCGGCGAUGAUGUCGGAGCGGGUGUCCGGUCUGGCUGGCUCCAUCUACCGCGAGUUCGAGCGGCUCAUCGGGCGCUACGACGAGGAGGUGGUGGCCGAGCUGAUGCCGCUGGUGGUGGCUGUGCUGGAGAACCUGGACUCGGUCUGCGCCCACAGCCAGGAAACCAGCGUGGAGCUGGAGCUGCUGCGGGACGACAACGAGCAGCUCCUCACCCAGUACGAGCGGGAGAAGGCGCUGCGGAAACAGGCCGAGGAGAAAUUUAUUGAGUUUGAAGAUUCUCAGGAACAAGAAAAAAAAGAACUCCAGUUAAGAGUGGAAGCUUUAGAGUCCCAGACUCGGCAGCUUGAACUGAAAGCAAAAAACUAUGCUGAUCAAAUUAGCAGACUGGAAGAGAGGGAAGCAGAGCUGAAGAAGGAAUAUAAUGCACUUCAUUCAAGACAUACAGAGAUGAUUCAUAAUUAUAUGGAACAUUUGGAAAGAGCCAAACUUCACCAACUGACGGGAGGUGAUCAGCAGGAGCCUGUCGUGCACAGUAGAAUUAGAAAGGAGCCUCCUAUAUCAUUGGGCAUCUUUCCAUUACCUCCCGGAGAAGCACUUCUUACUCCUGAUACUCAAAGAGCAACAGUAGAAACGCCGGGAUCAGACACUUGGAAGUUCCGUGAACUAAGUCAGCCACGUUCUCGCACUAGCCUAAAGGAUGAAAUUUCUGAUGUUAGCCAAGCAGGUUCCAAAUCAACCACUCCCAUCUUAAUUGCUGCUUCAAAUGUGCUUGCACCUGCUGAAACACCCCAGAAUGAAGACAAGGAAGGGUUUGUGAAGAUCACAGAUGCAGAAGACAAGACCUCAGAUGAAAGCAAGCAUAUUGAAGUACAGGUAGCCCAAGAAACAAGAAAUGUAUCUAUUGAUUCUAAUGAAAAUGAAGACAAAUCUGAAGUUCAGGCAAUCAUUGAAUCCACUCCAGAGCUGGAUAUGGACAAAGAUCUUAGUGGAUAUAAAGGUUCAAGCACUCCCACCAAAGGCAUAGAAAACAAAGCGUUUGAUCGUAACACAGAAUCUCUUUUUGAGGAACUGUCUUCCGCUGGCUCUGGUCUGAUUGGGGAUGUGGAUGAAGGAGCAGAUCUGCUGGGGGAAUAUUCUGACCAUAAUUUCUUUGGAAUGGGUCGUGAAGUUGAAAACCUUAUCUUAGAAAAUACGCAACUGCUAGAAACCAAAAAUGCCUUGAAUGUAGUGAAGAAUGACUUGAUAGCUAAAGUGGAUGACCUAACUUGUGAGAAGGACGUGCUUAGAGGAGAGCUGGAAGCUGUGAAACUAGCCAAGCAGAAGCUUGAAGAGAAGAAUAAGGAAUUGGAAGAAGAACUUCGAAAAGCUCGAGCAGAAGCAGAAGAAGCAAGACAAAAAGCAAAGGAAGAAGAUGAUAGUGACAUUCCAACGGCUCAGAGGAAACGCUUCACUCGAGUUGAGAUGGCCCGUGUCCUGAUGGAAAGAAACCAGUAUAAAGAGAGGCUGAUGGAGCUCCAGGAAGCUGUGCGAUGGACUGAGAUGAUACGGGCAUCAAGAGAAAAUCCAGCCAUGCAAGAGAAGAAGAGAUCAAGUCUUUGGCAGUUUAUGCCAGCUGGUUUUAGCAGGCUAUUCAGCUCAUCAGGCAACACUGCAAAGAAACCAGAACCACCCGUUAAUGUUAAAUACAAUGCACCUACUUCACACAUCACCCCAUCAGUCAAGAAAAGAAGCAGCACUUUAUCUCAGCUACCAAGUGACAAAUCAAAAGCCUUUGAUUUCCUCAGUGAAGAGACUGAGGCCAGCCUUGCCUCACGCAGAGAGCAGAAGAGAGAACAAUACCGCCAAGUGAAAGCACAUGUUCAGAAGGAAGAUGGCAGAGUACAAGCUUUUGGUUGGAGCCUUCCUCAGAAAUACAAACAGGUUGUAAAUGGUGGUGGUCAGGUUGAUAACAAAAUGAAGAACUUACCAGUGCCUGUUUACCUGAGACCACUUGAUGAAAAGGAUGCUUCCAUGAAGCUGUGGUGUGCUGUAGGAGUGAACUUAUCAGGAGGGAAGACGAGAGAUGGGGGCUCAGUGGUUGGCGCCAGCGUGUUCUACAAUGAUGUAACAACUGUGGAUGUGGAGAGCAGCAAACAGAGAAGUGCAUCGCAGAGCAGCUUGGAUAGAUUAGAUCAAGAACUCAAGGAUCAACAGAAGGAACUGAAAAACCAGGAGGAGCUAUCAAGCCUUGUUUGGAUUUGUACCAGCACCCAUUCUGCUACAAAAGUCAUCAUUGUAGAUGCCAACCAGCCAGGGAACAUCCUAGACAGUUUCAUUGUUUGCAAUUCUCACGUACUCUGUAUAGCUAGUGUGCCAGGGGCUCGGGAAACUGACUAUCCUACAGGAGAAGAAGGGUCACAAGAAACAGACUCGGGUGUUGUGGAUAAAUCAUCCCUGUCUGGCAGUAUGAAUAGCAACAGUUCCACAGAAACAGACAGUCUAUUAGGAGGAAUCACAGUAGUUGGUUGUACGGCAGAGGGUAUUACAGGGCCUUCUGCUGUUCCCAGUGCCAACGGUGCCUCCCCUGAUGUGAAUAAACAGCCAGAUGUCACAACUGAAAAUGGUGCAGUAGAUGAGAAUGUUCAGACAGCAGAGGAAGCGACAGAGGCAACGGAAGUCAAUGCAGGCUCGGGAGAAGAAGUUGUAGAUACUGCACAAUCUGGAGUUUACACUGAGCACGUCUUUACAGAUCCUUUGGGAGUUCAAGAUACUGUAGAGGGUUCUCCAGCAUUCCAGCCUAGUAAUGAAUCAGAUUUGUACAAAGAUGUUGCUGUAUUGCCAAAUGAACAGGAUCUUGUAAGAGAAGAAGCCCAGAAAAUGAGCAGCCUUCUACCUACUAUGUGGCUUGGAGCACAGAAUGGAUGUUUGUAUGUUCAUUCUUCAGUGGCUCAGUGGCGAAAAUGUGUCCAUGCAAUUAAACUUAAAGAUUCUAUCCUCAGUAUAGUACAUGUAAAAGGAAUAGUAUUAGUUGCACUAGCAGAUGGAACUUUAGCAAUAUUUCAUAGAGGAGUUGAUGGGCAGUGGGAUUUGACAAACUAUCACCUUUUAGACCUGGGCCGGCCUCAUCAUUCAAUCCGGUGCAUGACUGUGGUGCAUGAUAAAGUCUGGUGUGGCUAUCGAAACAAAAUCUAUGUGGUUCAGCCUAAAGCCAUGAAAAUAGAGAAAUCAUUUGAUGCACACCCAAGAAAGGAAAGCCAGGUGAGACAACUGGCUUGGAUAGGAGAUGGUGUGUGGGUAUCCAUUCGAUUAGAUUCCACUCUCCGCCUUUAUCAUGCACAUACUUACCAGCAUCUGCAAGAUGUUGACAUUGAGCCCUAUGUAAGCAAAAUGCUAGGUACCGGAAAACUGGGAUUUUCAUUUGUGAGAAUCACAGCUCUUAUGGUAUCCUGUAAUCGGUUGUGGGUUGGAACAGGAAAUGGUGUCAUCAUCUCUAUACCAUUAACAGAAACUGUAAUCCUCCACCAGGGACGUUUACUGGGGCUGAGGGCUAACAAAGCAGCAGCGGGCUCCGGCAACCGUCCAGGCAGUGUGAUACGUGUAUAUGGUGAUGAAAACAGUGACAAAGUGACACCUGGAACGUUCAUACCUUAUUGUUCGAUGGCACAUGCACAGCUUUGUUUUCAUGGGCAUCGUGAUGCUGUCAAAUUCUUUGUUGCAGUGCCUGGUCAGGUUAUUUGCCCUCAGAUGGGAGGAGGCCCAGAACUAUCCGGUGAUAAAGCUGCUCUUUCUGCACAGGAACCCAACAGCCAGGCUCCUUUAAAAUCCAUGUUGGUGAUAAGUGGAGGAGAAGGGUACAUUGACUUCAGGAUGGGUGACGAAGUUGGUGAAUCAGAACUCCUGGGAGAAGCACUACAACUGGAGCCUUCAGUAGUCAAAGCUGAGAGAAGCCAUCUCAUAGUGUGGCAACUUAUGUGUGACACUGAAUGAGUCCCCAGGAAAGCGGCUUGAGACAGCAAAAGUUUUUGCAUGUCUUUGGAUUUUGUUUUCUUUUUUGUGGAACCCAUUUCACUCCAUAAUCUUUUGAACGUUUUGUUGCCAUUUGACGUCAUAUAACAAGCCUCUCAAACCUUAACAAUGCAGGAAUUCGCUUGUGCUGUAUUACUGUGUCAGUGUUACACAGCGAGAACAAACUAGUUUCCCCAGACAGAGAAAUAACUGUAUUUACUCUGAAAUAGAACUGACCAUAUGCCACACUACAGCCUAUAACAGAAAGCUACUACAAAUGGAGUAUAAAUUCUAGAAUGAACCCUUUGAAUUCAUCUGCUGAACAUGUAUCAAGUAAAACAGCAAAGUUAUUUCCAUGGUAAUAUUUCAGAAAUAUCAAAUGGAUCAUAUUCCUUUUACAUUCUGUACAUUCAGCAAAUUUGUCUUUACUUUUUGAUAUCAAAGCCCCAAAGAAGAAAUUAUAUAGAAAUUCACCAAUAAUAAUAAUAUACAUUUUUAUGUCUAAUUCUAAUAGCACUAAAAUUACAAGAACUGCCCUUAAUAAUGAGAAUUGCGAUGUUUUGAGGAAAGAAUUAUUUCCAUUUUUCUUAUCUGAGAUUAUUUGGAAACAUUUUUACGGAUCUCAAUGUUGUUCUUAGAAAGAUUUGCAACCUUCCUUUCUGUUCCUUGGGCAGAAGAUAAAUAUUUUUGCACACCUGCUAUCUUGGACCUUAGCUGGUCAGAUUCAUGGCACUUGACAUAGAAGGAUUCAAACAGGGAACAAAAUAGCUGUGAGCUUUAACUGCUUGAGUAAAAAUGAGGGGAAAUCACCCUAAUUAGGUUUAAAGUGCAUUGAUUUUCAUAGUCCAUAUAACUAGUGAAACUGCUGUUGUAUUUUUUUUCUUCUGUGGGUUGAGUAUGGUAGGGAGUGUUGCACAUGAUUUGCACUGGUGUAGUUGCUGAGAGAGCCCUACACUGAAUGGUGCUGGAGGUGUACCCUGAUGUUUGAGGAAACAGGUAUAACUUCAGACAACUUAUUCUAUCUUCUCACUAUAAGCUUUGGACAGAGUAUGUUUCUUUAUUACAGAUUACCCAGUUAAUGGCUAAACUAAGGUGAAUGCUACAUUUUUAAUUCAUUAUAGGGUGCAACAGCUUCCCAAUAUUUCAUACCUUGAAAACUAUGAAUUGAAAUAUGGACAUCCAAAUGGUCCCUAUCAAGAGACUUGGGAUAUUCCCAUUAGAUGGGAGCAGAUAAUAUUUAAGUGACAGAACAGGAGAAUUUUGUAGAGUUUCAAAGGACAACAUGAGACAAAAUUAGGAACAGUCUUGAAAAACUGCCUAAACAUUUUUAUGCAAUAGGAAUGGUUUGUGAUCUGUCAAGGAAACAUGUAUUUAUAUAAAUAUAUAUAAUAUUAAUUUUUUAAAAUCAUGUUAAAAAUCAUGAAGUCUAUUGUGUAAAUAUUUAUUUAGGCAGCUUUUUAAAAAAAGGAAAUGAGCAUCUUACCUGAUUUUAAAAAAAUCAGUAAAUCUCUGUUCAGGUCUACUGGUUAUAGAUUUAUAUGUAUAAAUACUUUUUAAGCACCAUAUUUUGUACACAGCUAGUAAGUUCUGGUAAGUAUGUAUUUAGACCAUGAUAUAUGUUGCUAAAAAUGAUUGAAUGUCUAAUACCUUGGUAAUAGAUAAUUUUCCCCUUGAAUAUGCCAAACAAGAUAAGAGUAUAAAAUUUCAACUUACUCAAGCUUCAGAAAAUAAGCACUCAUCUAAAAGCUCUGAAUGAUCCAGAGAAGCAUGCAGUUUUCCCCACUUGGUAUUCCAAAAUGUGACCCUGCCUGUUCAUAUAUAAAAGUGCAGCUUUGGCAACAUGGUGAUGCUUAAAAAUCAGCUUGGUGAGGACGUUCAGAUUAAAAUAGUAAAUGUAUAAGAUUCUGUAAUAUUCUUCAAGCACUCAUAGUGUGGCAAGUUAUGUCUGAUACUGGAUGUCCAGAUAAAAUGCUUGGUAUGUCUUCACUGCUGAAAGAACUUAUUUGCCUUUCUUGCUUCCUGUGGGCUACUUAUAUUGAUGGACUUUUUUGGGAAAACUACCCAGAUCUUUCAUGAGUGGUUGACUCGCUACAUUUCAUCUUCUUGGAAAGAGAGCUUAAUUUUCCCCUUUAAAGGAAAUUGCUUUCAUUGAAAAACUAUUAAGUGGGCUAUUUAAGAAAGCAUCACCAUUGUUGGAUAACAGACAUAUCGGGUAGCAUAUUUAAUAAUUCGGCAUAUUGGGUAAGGGUGCCAUUUUGUUCUCAUUGGAUCAAAGGCUAUUCAUAGCAGAAAAAUGAGAGUCCAGCAGAGUCUGUAACAGUAUUAUAAAUGAAAAUAACAGAUUGACACACAUUUUCCUCUCCUGUUUAUUUUUAAAUGGUAGGCUGUGUCCAGAAUAACAGAUUUAGAAUGUGGCUGUCAUCACUUUUCACUGAGAUGUGUACACUCUCUAUUCCAGAGCACUUUUUAAUUGUAGGUGAUAAACCUCACUAAACCUCAUACAUCAAAUAAUUGCCUAACAAAAAUUUGUUUUGAGAAUGUCUUAGUUAUCACAUCCUUAUAGUUCUAAAACCAGGAGUGAGAAUCUCUUGAUAGUUAAAAUCUUUUGUUCAUAGUUUGAAAAGAGCAUUUCAAGCACAAAAAUAUGCAGCACAUGAUUUGUCUGGGAAAAGGUGUCUUGCAUGGAAAGGUAAAACUAAGUUUAUGUGUCAUGUUAAUUUCCUGUAAGGUCUUCCUGCACUGGAUCAGUUAGAGCUGGCAGAGUGUAGACACUUUAUCAUAAGCUGCCUUAGUAACCGAAAUGUUUUAUAAUCGUCUAAUAUGCUAACUGUUUUAAAGAACAUGGUGUCCUGAAGAUAGCAUUUAAUUGAAUAUUUAUUUCCAUGUGAGUAUUACAAAAGUUACCAAAGGAUUGAUACUGAUUUGGCACUCUUGCAGUUGACCCUGUCCAGAAAGGAUCUUAUAAAGAUCCUUAAUUUGUAAAAAAAAAUAUAACAGAAUGAAAACACACACUUCUUUGUGGAUGCUGACUUUAUUUUCCUAAUAGGAUGAUGCCAUAUUAUAACAACCUAUGUUGCUCCACAGAACAUUCUUCUGUACACUAAAUAUUUUCCUUUCCUUUUAACAAUUCAUUACUGCACACUUUCAGACUUUUAAACAUGUUUUAAAACAUUUUAUGGUCAUUAAUAUUUU